AUGACAAUAGGGGGGUGGCGAGGGUGGGGUGGGGGGAGGCUGGAGCCGCUGGGCCCCGCGCGGUCGCUGUCGCUGGCUCGGGUGUCGGAGCCUCGGCGGGCAGCCGGCGGCGGGAGUGGGCGAGCGGAACUGGCCUCCGGCCGGAUAGAACUCAACAAAAAUCCAGUGGAAGGCUUUUCAGCAGGUUUAAUAGAUGACAAUGAUCUCUACCGAUGGGAAGUCCUUAUUAUUGGUCCUCCAGAUACACUAUAUGAAGGUGGUGUUUUUAAGGCUCACCUCACUUUUCCAAAGGAUUAUCCCCUCAGGCCUCCUAAAAUGAAAUUCAUUACAGAAAUCUGGCACCCAAAUGUUGAUAAAAAUGGUGAUGUUUGCAUUUCUAUUCUUCAUGAGCCUGGGGAAGAUAAAUAUGGUUAUGAAAAGCCAGAGGAACGUUGGCUGCCUAUCCAUACUGUGGAAACCAUCAUAAGUGUCAUUUCUAUGCUGGCAGACCCUAAUGGAGACUCACCAGCUAAUGUUGAUGCCGCGAAAGAAUGGAGGGAAGACGGAAAUGGAGAAUUUAAAAGGAAAGUUGCCCGCUGUGUAAGAAAAAAGCCAAGAGACUGCUUUCGAGUGACAUUUAUUCAACAGCUAGUAACUUCAUUUACUUCAGGGGUCUCCAAUUGAGAAACAUGGCACUGUUUUUCCUGCACUCUACCCACCUAUUGCUGGACUUCUGUUGUAACAAGUUGGCAAACACUGGCUGGAACUGGGCACAAUAAAACAUGCCAGUUAUCAGUGCUGACAAGAGCCUGACAAGUGCCAACUUACAGAUGAUUACGCAUUUUGAAUUCUAAUGAACUGUUUUAACCUUCAGGAAGAAUUGUAAAGAUCUGUACAUAGCACAACAUGAUCCGGAUAAUAUAUAUGCUGUUCAUGUACAUCCACAAAUACACCUUGUACCAAAUAAUGCUUUCUUGUAGAAUAAGAAUCGUGUAAAUUCUAAAAGAUUUUAGCAGGUUUUCUUUCCCUAUUCAUUGUUUCUUAUCAGUUUUAAAAGACUCCUCAAAGCAUGUCAGAUGAAAAGCAAUUAGGAUUAAAAGUUUCCAUUUAAUUUCCUUUAAACCAUUGAGGCUUCAUUAAAUUCUUUUCACUUACUAAACUUUUGUAUAUUUUUGUUUUGGCACACUCCCCUUUGCUUUCAUCUCAUCUGUCUCAAUCAUUUAGUUCUAAUACUGAAAUACUUAAUAAGCAAUUACUUGAUUUCUAAUGAUGACUUCAAGGAGUGGUCAUCUCCAGGGGCUUUGUCCUUUUUGUAUUCUGGUUACACCCAUCUCUUGGAUUGGAUGUAGCAAUAAUCUCUUCUGGCUGUUGAGAGCUCUUGAACCCAGUCAUUACCCCCAGAAAACUUAAAGAAAGAAAAAAAAGAAGAAAGGAAAAAAAAAAAAAAAGCUGGUUCUGAAUCCAAUAUCCUGCAGUUUACCCCAAAGAGCGCAAGAUUUCAAUUUGGUUUUAUUUGCCCUUCAGUUGCCUAAUGUUAAGGUUGGAUAAAUAAAGCAUGCACAUCUUCCAGCUUUCUACUUCACUUCUGGGUCUGCCACCCUCCUCCUGUUCUCUGCCCUUCACAUUUCUUUGCCUAUAUUCUUCCAUUCUGCAGAUUGCCCUCACCUAUUGUACAAAGAAAUUGCGGUGUAUAUUUUCAUGUAAUUUGAUUUUGGAAUUCUGUCACCUUCUGUAGUGAGUUCUUCCAAAAUAUAAUUUUUUCCAAUAAAAAAAAAAAAACCAUGACA